ACCAACAAUAAUAACAGCCUUCAUCAACCCACCUACACGCCACCCCCACCACCAACAACAACAAGAACAGCUACUACUAAAGCACGCAUUCUCGCCAUCACCAUCACAUCUUGGUCUCUCUUGGUGUGCGUUGGGAGCCGUAACGCCGACGGCGGUUUGUGCGUUAAAUGUUAAUUUUCGGAGAAUCGUGUACCAAAUCGUUGUGACGUGAGAGAGUGUAUGUGAUUUUCGUUAUUUUUUGUUGUUGUUGCGUGUUAGACGCGCCUGAACCCGUAAGUGUGACCCGUAAAUGUGACUCGCAGAGAAGGAAAACAGCUAGAACGAGGGAGAAAGAGAGGAAGAAAGAGCAAGAAACAAAAGAAGGCAAAAGAAAGAGAGAUAGAAACAGAGAGAACCACCACCACCAUCCAAACUUGGCCUGCACCCGAAACCAAAUCAGACAAGGAGAGAUGAACGAAACUUCAUGCUCAAAGUCUCUCAAAUGACAACAACCAAACCAAAACCACCAAAUUAGAAACCACCGAAAAAAAAAUCAAAAUCAUCAUCCAAGCAAAUUGUUGUCACCAAUACGCGCGCAUGAAGAGUGACGCAGGAGCCGAUUAUAAACUGCAGCCGGACAAGCAUCAGCUUUUUCUAGAUAGCGGAUUGGGAGCCAGCACCAUUACGGCACGGUGGACACAGAUGGGUCCAGGACCAACGGCCGGCUCGUUGGUCCCGGACGACACCAACGGCUCGGGCGUCGAAGGAGGCAAGCAUUUGGACGUCGGCGACAUGAGUGACGACGAACAGGACCUCUCGUCGGCUGACGCCGAAGGCGUAUGGAGCCCGGACAUCGAACAGAGCUUCCAGGAAGCGCUUGCCAUCUACCCGCCGUGUGGCCGCCGGAAGAUCAUCCUCUCGGAGGAAGGAAAAAUGUAUGGUCGUAAUGAACUGAUAGCCCGCUACAUUAAACUCCGUACUGGCAAAACGAGAACUCGGAAACAGGUCAGCUCACACAUACAAGUAUUAGCCAGACGGAAGCUGCGUGAGUUUCAGGCUAAAAUGAAAGUGCAAUUCUGGCAGCCAGGAUUGCAGCCGAGCACAUCCCAGGACGUGAAGCCUUUCGCGCAACCCGGCUACCCGAUAAAAACCGCGACCACAGUAUCGGAGAGCGCCCUUCAGCCAGCGCACCCCUGGGAAGGACGGGCGAUCGCGACGCACAAGUUCCGUCUGGUAGAGUACAGUGCAUACCUGGAGCUGCGCGUGGAAGAUAAUUAUCACAAGCACCUGUUUGUGCACAUAGCCGAUACGCCGGCUCACCCGCUGUUGGAGUCGGUCGAAGUGAAGGAGAUUUACGACAAGUUCCCGCAGAAGUCAGGCGGUCUGAAGGAGCUCUAUGAGAAAGGGCCAAGCAAUGCGUUCUUCCUCGUGAAGUUCUGGGCCGACCUGAACACCAACAUCGCGAAUGAUGCUGGCGCAUUCUACGGUGUCAGUAGUCACUACGAAAGCAACGACAAUAUGGUGAUCACCUGCUCGACGAAAGUUUGCUCCUUCGGUAAGCAAGUGGUGGAGAAGGUGGAAACAGAAUACUCCCGUGUCGAGAACGGGCGUUACGUGUACCGCAUCAGUCGGUCGCCCAUGUGUGACUACAUGAUCAACUUCAUCAACAAGCUCAAGCACCUUCCGGAGAAGUACAUGAUGAACAGUGUGCUCGAAAACUUCACCAUCCUUCAGGUUAUAUCCAACAAGGAUACGGAGGAAACAUUGCUGUGUGUGGCAUUCGUGUUCGAAGUGUCUACCUCGGAGCACGGUGCCCAGCACCACAUCUACCGGCUGGUAAAGGAAUAG